GUAUAGAGGAAAUCACGACAUUAUCUCAAUUGCCAUUAAUUCCCUUACAAUAGUAGAAGCACAUGCACCAUGUUCACAUCCGUUCCGCUGUUGUUCUACGUAUAGUUUCAUUUCAUUACAGUUGAGCCAAAUUUAACACCCAAACCUAACUCAUCAAGCAUUUCACUUAUAUUAAAGUAAGCUCUCUCAACCCCCCAAAAAAAAAGGUCUUAAAAAUAUCUUCGAAAAGCAAACCAUGUCUCCUCCUUGUGAUCUCUGUUUCUUAUCUUUUCUGCUCUGCACUUUCCUCAUCAUCUCCUCUGCUUUGCAUUUACCACUCGCACAACUCCAAAAAAACCCGUCUCCAGAUCCCUACCAAACCCUCAACCGCCUUGCUUCUUCCUCCUUAAAAAGAGCCCACCACCUCAAAAACCCCCAGCCCACAGCCACCAAGGGAGGUGCUUCCCCCACCACCACCACCACCACACCACUCUUUUCCCACAGCUAUGGAGGCUACACCAUUUCCCUCAGCUUUGGCACUCCUCCUCAAACCCUCCCUUUCGUCAUGGAUACUGGCAGUGACUUCGUUUGGUUCCCUUGUACUCAUCACUAUCUCUGCAAAAACUGCUCUUUUUCUUCCUCCAACAUCCCAUCUUUUAUCCCUAAACAAUCUUCGUCUUCCAAAAUUCUUGGCUGCCAAAACCCAAAAUGUUCCUGGAUCCACCACACCAACGCAACCCAAUGUGAUGAAUGUGGAAACAACUCUACUCCCCAAAACUGCUCUCAAAUCUGCCCUCCUUACUUUAUCUUCUAUGGCUUAGGAACCACGGCAGGCUUUGCAUUAUCCGAAACCCUGAAUCUUGGAGAUAGAAUUGAGCCCGACUUCUUAGUGGGAUGCUCCCUUCUCUCUUCCCACCAACCCGCUGGCGUUGCCGGGUUCGGCCGUGGCCUUCCUUCUUUACCUACUCAACUUAAGUUGGAUAAAUUCUCUUACUGUCUCAUCUCUCACCGUUUCGAUGACUCUACUAGUAGCAGCCCUUUGAUACUUGAUAGUAACUCGGAUUUUGAUAAGAAAAAGAUUGGUUUAACCUACACACCGUUUCUCAAAAACCCCAUUGUCCAAGGCAAAGAAGCCUUUAAAGUUUACUAUUACCUUGGUUUAAGGAAGAUAUCAGUAGGAGGCCGCCACGUUAAGGUUCCCUACAAAUAUCUUUCCCCUGGAAAUGAUGGCAAUGGCGGCUCUAUAGUGGAUUCUGGGACGACUUUCACGUUCAUGGCACGUGAGGUAUUCGAGCCUGUAGCUGAAGAGUUUGUAAAACAAGUUAAGAAGUAUAGUAGAGCUCGUGAUGUUGAGGAUUUAACCGGGUUGAGGCCUUGCUUCCAUGUGAAGGGAAGGGAGAAGGUGGAGUUACCUGAAUUGAGGUUGCAUUUUAAGGGAGGUGCUGAGAUAGCGCUGCCGCCGAAUAAUUAUUUUGUGUUGGUUGAUGGUGGGGCGGCGUGUUUGACGGUGGUGACGGGUGGUGGUGUCGGUGGAGGGGAGGGUGAAGUGGGGCAGAGUGGGCCAGCUGUGAUAUUGGGGAAUUUUCAGAUGCAGAAUUAUUAUGUGGAGUAUGAUUUGAGGAAUGAGAGGUUAGGAUUAAGGCCGCAGUUAUGUAUAUAGUAAAAACCUAUGGUCCAAUAUUUGGAAGGGGUGGGGCACUUGUUUGAAACUGUUGAAGAAUUAGUUUGUAUUUCGAGAAAAUUGGGGAAGGAAAUUAGAGUUAGUAUUAAUCUACGGUUUGGCCUUUUGAUCUUCAUUCAUAUCUUGAUUAUGCUGAGCCUGUAAUGUAAUGAUACAUUGUUAAUUAUAUUAGGGUGUUCCACAAA